AUGCUCACUCUGCUCUCACCCAACUCGGCAUGUGGCCACGGCACGCCGAUCUACCCCAGGUACAGUGACCAGCCCCGCGCGUCGGACGACGCUUUCACCCCACUGGGACCGGGCUCCGCCAACGACGUCGUCAACCACUGGCAGCAACCUGAAUUAAGAGCUUGCGUAUCAGGAGGAGACGCCUCGCACGAGGUUCGAGAAAGCUCUCCAGGUGAACAGGAUCGGCGGUUCGACUCCCCACGACCUCCUCCCGCUGCUGCCUCCAUCUCUUACUCCCCGGACGAGAGCUCCAGAGCGAGGGAGCUGCUGGCCAGCGUCGCCCGGCUGCAGCCUCUGGUCUUUGGGCACGCUGAGGAGCUGCUGUCCGUCUCUCUGGAGCUGAACGCCGCCCGGCUGCAGCAGGUCCUGGACGGCCUGAUUCAGCAGACGGAGCAGUUUGUUCACGCGCUCAAAGACGAGCUGGUGAAGAGCGCCCUGCUGGCGAUCCACUACCAGAGCUCAGUCGGCAGCAGCCACGUCCACAGCAACGGGCUGAUCUGUGACAUCGUGGCAGACAGCCAGGAGGGACCGGACGCUCGCCGGCGGGACUCGGAGUACGACGAGGAGGAAUGGGCAAGUUGGAGACAGAGCGUGGGCGAACGUCGCCAUGAGCCUCAACUGCAUCAUCGCCAUGGGCGACCGGCUGCAGGGCCGCGAGGACCGCCCACAGGAACUGACAUCAUCAGAGCAACAGGAAGCCGGCGGGGACACGAACUCUCAGAACAGCGCGUCGUCCUCCGUCUCCUCUGCGUCCUCCGUCUCCUCUGCGUCCUCCUGGCAGGAGCAGCUGCUCCCUCUGGUGGUCACUCUCAGGGAUUGCGUGCGCGAGGCAGUGGGGAAGGCCCGAGCCGCCAUGACCUUCGUGGUCCUGCAGGGGGCGUUGGCCACGACCGUCGCUCAGGGACCCGCACACAUCGUCCAGAGACGCCACGCCGUCUUCAGCCAGGCGAUGCUAAUCCCAGUGGUGUGGACAGAUUGUGA